AUGGCCUCCUCCGCCCUGUCCGUCUGCUCCAGCAACCUCAGCUACAACACCCGGGCCUGCCUGCCCGCUGCCUGCGACUCCUUUACGGAAUCCUCCUGGCAGGGGGAUGACUGCCCCGAGAAUUGCUGUGCCCCCAGCUGUUGCGCCCCCAGCUGCUGCACCCCCAGCUGCUGCGCCCCGGCCCCCAGCAUGACCCUCGUCUGCAGCCCCAUGAGCUGCGGGUCCUGCUCCCCCUCCUGCUGCUCCUGCUCCCCCUGCCAGCCGGCCUGCUGCACCCCCAUGAGCUGUAAGCCCAUGUGCUGUACCCCCAUGUGCUGCAGCCCUGUGUGCUGUAAGCCCAUGUGCUGCACCCCCAUGUGCUGCACCCCCGUCUGCUGCACCCCCGUCUGCUGCACCCCCAUGUGCUGCACCCCCGUCUGCUGUAAGCCCAUGUGCUGCACCCCCAUGUGCUGUGGGGGUUCCCCGUGCCAGGCCCCCUCGUGCUCCCCCUGCUGCAAACCCUCAUCCAGCGUCUCCCUCAUCUGCCAGCCCGCGUGCCCGCCCGCCUGCCCGCCCAGCUGCUGCCAGGGCUCCAGCAUGUCCCUGCUGUGCCAGCCCGCCUGCAAGCCCUCAUGCUGCUGCUGA